GUACCGGAAGGGAUCCAGUGAGCGGUUUGUGUAAUUUGGUGCUGGGGAUGGUGUUAUUAGGUAGCGCUCCUCCUGAACCAAAAGUAGUGUUUGAUUAUCCGAGAGUUCCUGUUUCAGAUGUCCCGCUCAGACAAGGCUGAGCCGAGUUUAGCGCAUUUAAAGCGAGAAGCGUCUUUAUAACGCCACACACUCGACCCAGAUUGAUUGAUUAAUCCGUUACACCGAAAGCUGAAUUUCACACGAAGGCGCCAAGAUGCCCGAAGCUGGAACUGACAUGAAUAUGGACCGACUGUUUGAGCUGAAAACCUCGGCUUCCAUCGGCACGGAAAACAUCCCACCGCCGUCUUUGUCGGCCGGUCCGUCGGGAGAUAUCCUUCGGAACUUUUACCACACCAAGAGAGUCGGAAAUUACCUCAUCGGCAGGAAGCUGGGAGAGGGCUCGUUCGCAAAAGUGCGCGAGGGGCUGCACGCGCUCACCGGAGAGAAGGUGGCAGUGAAAGUGAUCGACAAAAGAAAGGCCAAGAAGGACUCGUAUGUUACCAAAAACCUGCGCAGAGAGGGUCAGAUCCAGCAGAUGAUUCGCCACCCCAACAUCACACAACUACUAGACAUCCUGGAGACUGAAAACAGUUACUAUCUAGUGAUGGAGCUCUGCCCAGGAGGAAACCUAAUGAACCACAUCUACGAGAAAAAGCGACUCGAUGAGAGGGAGGCACAGAAAUACGUCCGCCAGCUAGUCAUGGCUGUGGAGCACCUGCAUAGGGCUGGGGUAGUACACAGAGACCUAAAGAUUGAAAACCUUUUGCUCGAUGAGCAAGACAACAUAAAGCUUAUAGAUUUUGGACUUAGCAACUGUGCAGGAAUCCUGGGAUAUUCUGACCCUUUUAGCACACAGUGUGGCAGCCCAGCCUAUGCCGCCCCUGAGCUGCUCUCAAGGAAGAAGUACGGGCCCAAAGUAGACGUCUGGUCAAUUGGAGUCAACAUGUAUGCCAUGCUCACUGGCACCCUUCCUUUCACGGUGGAGCCUUUCAACCUCAAAGCAUUGCACCAGAGAAUGGUGGACAAGGAUAUGAACCCUCUGCCUCCUUCACUCUCCUCAGCUGCAGUUAGUUUACUGAAGAGCCUUUUGGAACCAGACCCUGCUAAAAGACCGAACAUCCACCAAGUUAUGGGUGAUUCAUGGCUACAGCUGGGCAACCCACACACUGGAAUCCCUUACUUAAACAGGAUCCAUAUUGAGGAAAUCAACCACACGGUUCUUCUGCAUAUGACUGAACGAAUGGGUUACAAGCACAGCGAAGUCCUCAGUGCUGUGCUCACCAACCGAGCCUGUCAUACUCUUGCUGUCUACUUCCUCCUUAACAAGAAAAUGAAAAGACUGUCCAAAGAAUACCGGGAAAAGCAGUACACUAUGGAAAAGGAGAAAAAGAGUGAGCUUUUCCAAACACAGUGGAGGAAACACAUUGAGAAGAUCACCAUUCCCCCAAAGCAGACACCAGUCUAUUUGGCUGUGAGCAAAGGUCCCACCAAAGAAAAGAAACAGAAAACAGGGCUUCUUAAAGCAAUGACCGGCCUGAAGGACGCUUACUCACGACAGGGUGGCUGCAUUGCCUCCUCCUCCUUAGAAUACCUAGAAAUUCACCCAAUAUUUCCACAAAAAUCUCAAGGAGGGAGGCAUCUUGAAGCCCAGCCGCCUAAGAAAGACGGCCCGAGAGCGGUGGACGUGCCUGCAAGGCCUCCCUCGUCUCUAGGUGCACAUUCCUGGGCGUCAGCAAGCAAAGAGCCUAGCAAAGAUGACCCACCAUCACCCUGGUACAAGCUCACCAAUGGAGCUCUCUCACCACCACGACAUGUUUCUGCGUUCCACCAGCCAGAUAGCUCCUACCUCAAAAAGGCCACCAUCCCCAGUGUCCCAGUGGUCAUUGUAAAACCCCAGCCCAAGAAUAGUCCCCCCAGCACAGAGCGACACAGCAAACCUGAGUCAGGCACCAGUGGGUACAGCAGUGGGGGCAGCAGUGGGGUUAGUAGUGGAGGAAGCAAUGGGGGCAGUAGUGGAGGCAGCGGGGGCAGCAGCAAUGAGGAGCCCAGCAGCCCACAGCACCGUGCUAAGUUCCCCUCCAUGGGCAUUGGACAGAUCUUGAAGAAGAAAGUUCAACCCUUUGCCUUUCCAGCACCUCUGUUCAGGCCCGAGCCAGCCGUAGAGGUAGAGUCGCCGACUCCAUACCACAUGCAGACUCUACUGUGUGCCUCUGGGGCACUCAAGACUCUAUGCUGAUGAUGAAGGCACAUUUGAACUAUCUUAUGAAGGUUUUUUUUUUUAAAGAGACUAAAAGCAGUGUUUUUGCUGUUUCACCAAUAGAUCUUAAGAACUGUCGUAUUCCUAAGUAAACACACUUUUAAAACAGAAAACGUAUGCAGUAAACUCAUAUUAACUACCACCAAUUUUUAUUCCGUUCGAAGCGCCAGGGCUUCCAAUGUGGAGGGGUAAUCAAACUUGAGUCCUCUGGGGAGAGAGCUGUCCUUGAUAUGCACAGAUAGAUGCCUGUAGAUGCCUGGGCACACCCCAACUCCGAGCACUGUGUUAUUAAUUACCUCUAAUGUGGCACAUGGGUCACAAACUAUGUGCUAAUUGUAAUAUUUUCAUUUUACUGCAAACAUCAU